UUCAUUAAAAAGAAAAGAGUAGCAAGUGGGAUCAUGAGCGUGAGCAUUAUCUUUCUGGCUGACACGGCCAAGGCCAAGCGAGAGCUAUAAAAGCCUGCAAUCCACUCUGCUCUUUCCACAACUCAAACAUGGCAAGAAAUAUUUUUGCUGUGGUUUUUAUACUGCUAGCUAUACUCCAGGCAAAUGCAGAGGGCAAGGAUGGGGAAGGAUGUGGACAAAGUUGUGCAACGCUGGACGACUGCCCCGGUCAGUUGAUUUGCAUCACCGGCCAAUGCAAUGAUGAUCCCGACGUGGGAACCAACAUUUGUGGCGGUGGCGGUGGCGGCGGGGAUUGCAAGUCGAAGGGGAGCAUGAGGGGAAAGAAUCCUCCUUCAAAGGAUGCCUGUAACACCGACACAGGAGCGGAGUGCUGCAGUUCCUCCAAGACUUACCCCAUCUUCGACUGCUCUCCCUCCGUCUCCUCCCAAAGCCCCGGAAUACUCACUCUCAACGACUUUUCCGAGGGCGGAGAUGGAGGCGGCCCUUCCAGCUGCGAUGACAAGUACCACGCCAACACAGAGCGUGUAGUGGCGCUUUCCACCGGCUGGUUCGGUGAGCGAAGCCGGUGCGGAAAGAUGAUAAAAAUAAGUGGCAACGGGAGGAGCGUGAUGGCCAAAGUGGUGGACGAGUGCGAUUCCUUGCAUGGAUGCGAUGACGAGCACGGUUAUCAGCCGCCAUGUCGUAACAACAUUGUGGAUGCCUCUGUUGCCGUCUGGAAAGCCCUUGGCGUGCCCACUGAUCGUCAGGGAGAUGAUCUUCAUAUCACCUGGUCCAUGUCUUCCUCCUUUUCUUCACUCACUCUUAAUCAUGCCCAUGCCCUUUCCUCUGCAUCCUAAUCACACGCACUUUCAAUGUGAAGUCUUGUGUGCUUGCCUUUCUCUCAGUAUAGUAUGGAUGUGUCUCUCUUUUGUAAGCAUCGCUUUUCAAGUGCCCAUGCCAGGUCAUUGUUAUGCGGGCACCAGCGUUUUGCUCUUAAACUCUGUUUCCGCUUUUAUUGUUGAAUUUGGACUGGUUUUCAUUCUUUUCAA